CAGAACUCAAUGAACAGGAUGGCUGUUCAAGCACUGGAAAAAAUGGAGACCAGAAAAUUCAAAGCAAAGGGCAAAGUGCCCCGAGAAGGGAGCAUUGGUGGCCUUGACACACUUAGUAGCAGUUCCACCUCUGACUGCGCCAUUUGCUUGGAAAAAUACAUAGAUGGAGAGGAGCUGAGAGUCAUUCCUUGUACACAUCGGUUUCACAAGAGGUGUGUGGACCCCUGGCUUUUACAGAAUCACACCUGUCCUCAUUGUAGGCACAACAUUAUAGAACAAAAGAAAGGAGGUCAUGGUGGCAUAUGUGUGGAGAGUACAAGCACUCGUGGUCGACAUCAACAGCAGCAGAGAGUCAUUCUACCAGUUCAUUAUCCAGGGCGCGUGCAGAGGACUGGACCUAUUUCUGCAUAUCCAACUCGCACCAGCAUGGGCCCACAUGGCAAUCCCAUCACGGUACUUACUGUGGAACGCCCAAUGGAGCCUGAGCUAUGCCCUGCCCGGACACCUGCUUUUCUGGCAGGAUACAGACCUGUAUCACUGGAUCAGUCAUCUACAGGACAUCAUUGCGACCUGGAGCACCCUCCUUUUCCAGCCCCACAGGCUGGUCAUGGCUUCCGCCGUUCUAAAUAUAAUGGGAGAGGUUUUAAUACUGCCACUUGUUAUUCUCAAUAUGAGACCAUGUAUCAGCACUACUACUUCCAGGGUCUG